UCUCCUUUUCCCCUCCCCAACCCCCGGUAGAGGCGCGACUGCUACCCGGGAAGGGGGCUCACUCCGAGUUGCGCGGGGAGGUAAUUUACUCAGAACAAGGGGCCGCCUUUAGGAAGUAUAAAUAGUGAGACUUCAAGCGCAGCGUCGCUAUCAGAUCUGAACUCUCCGCAGGAAGAAUUGUCAAAGAUCUUAACAUUGAACAAGCGCGCUCCGGCAGGGAAGCAUCAGUUCCCAUUUCCCUCCGGCGGCCCCCGCCCCUUUUCUUCUCCUCCUCCUCCUCCCUCUCCUCCUCCUCACCCUUCUCCCCCUCCUCCUCUUCUUCCUCCUCCUCCUCUUCUUACUUCUUUUGCUCCUACUUCUCCUCCUCUUUCUUCCUUCUUCUCCUCUUUUUCUUCUUCUUCCUCCUCCUCUCUCUCCUCCCCCACCUCCUGUCCCAUUGAUGUGUUAUUAUUGGGGGGGCUGGAGCAGUAAAAAAAGGAGGAGGAAAAAAAGAGCGGGGCUCGGCUGGCAGAGGUUGAGCGCCGGGCUGACGUGCGGCGGCGAUGGAAGAACUUACGGCGUUCGUCUCCAAGUCUUUUGACCAGAAAGUGAAGGAGAAGAAGGAGGCGAUCACGUACCGGGAGGUGCUGGAGAGCGGGCCGCUGCGCGGGGCCAAGGAGCCGACCGGCUGCACCGAGGCCGGCCGCGACGACCGCAGCAGCCCGGCAGUCCGGGCGGCCGGCGGAGGCGGCGGCGGAGGAGGCGGAGGCGGAGGCGGAGGAGGCGGAGGAGGUGUAGGAGGAGGAGGAGCAGGCGGAGGAGCUGGAGGAGGGCGCUCUCCCGUCCGGGAGCUGGACAUGGGCGCUGCCGAGAGAAGCAGGGAGCCGGGCAGCCCGCGACUGACGGAGGUGUCCCCGGAGCUGAAAGAUCGCAAAGAGGAUGCGAAAGGGAUGGAGGACGAAGGCCAGACCAAAAUCAAGCAGAGGCGAAGUCGGACCAAUUUCACCCUGGAACAACUCAAUGAGCUGGAGAGGCUUUUUGACGAGACCCACUAUCCCGACGCCUUCAUGCGAGAGGAACUGAGCCAGCGACUGGGCCUGUCGGAGGCCCGAGUGCAGGUUUGGUUUCAAAAUCGAAGAGCUAAAUGUAGAAAACAAGAAAAUCAACUCCAUAAAGGUGUUCUCAUAGGGGCCGCCAGCCAGUUUGAAGCCUGUAGAGUCGCACCCUAUGUCAACGUAGGUGCUUUAAGGAUGCCAUUUCAGCAGGUUCAGGCGCAGCUGCAGCUGGACAGCGCUGUGGCGCACGCGCACCACCACCUGCAUCCGCACCUGGCCGCGCACGCGCCCUACAUGAUGUUCCCAGCGCCGCCCUUCGGACUGCCGCUCGCCACGCUGGCCGCGGAUUCGGCUUCCGCCGCCUCGGUAGUCGCGGCGGCAGCAGCCGCCAAGACCACCAGCAAGAACUCCAGCAUCGCCGAUCUCAGACUGAAAGCCAAAAAGCACGCCGCAGCCUUGGGUCUGUGAUGCCAACGCCAGCACCAAUGUCGCGCCUCCUCCGCGGCACUCAGCCUACACGCCCUCCGCGCCCCGCUGCUUCUCCGUUACCCCUUUCAGACUUCAAGAGCCGGCCCUCUUUCCUCCUCACUGACCAUCCCUUGUUCCCUUUCGCAUCCUGGACUCGGAAAGGCAGACUCCACGCAGGACCAGGGAUCUCACGAGGCACCCAGGCGCUGUGGCUCCUGCCCGUUUUCCUACCCGAGGGCCUAGAAUUCGGUUUUGUAGGAGCGGGUUUGGGGGAGUCAGGAGAGAGACUGGACAGGGGAGUGCUGGAACCGCGGAGUUUGGCUCACCGCAAAGCAGCAACGAUGGACUCUUGCAUAGAAAAAAAAAAUCUUGUUAACAAAAAAAUGAGCAAACAAAAACAUUGAAAGACCGGAGAGAAAAAGAGAAAGGGAACUUAUUACUAUUUGGCAGAAGCUGAAAUUGGAGAACCAAGGAGCAAAAACAAAUUUUAAAAUUAAAGUAUUUUAUACAUUUUAAAAUAUGGAAAAACAACCCAGACGAAUCUCGAGAGAAUGUGGGGGAGUUACCAACUUAAAUGUGUGUUUUUAAAAAUGCGCUAAGAAGGCAAAGCAGAAAGAAGAGGUAUACUUAUUUGAAAAACUAAGAUGAAAAAAGUGCGCAGCUGGGAAGUUCACAGGUUUUGAAACUGACCUUUUUCUGCGAAGUUCACGUUAAUACGAGAAAUUUGAUAAGAGAGGCGGGCCUCCUUUUACGUUGAAUCAGAUGCUUUGAGUUUAAACCCACCAUGUAUGGGAGAGCAAGAAAAGAGAAAAUAUUAAAACGAGGAGAGAAAAAAAUAAUAUUAACACAAAAAGAUGCCACAGACAAUGAUUUCUCUGAGAAAUUAUUAUGGCAAAACUGUCCGGACUGCUGACAGUAAAUUCCGGUUUGCAUGUUACUUGUAUUCCAUUGAUGGUGUGUCUCCUCCCACCCCCUUAUCUCCCAUGCACUCACUCCAUUUUCAUCUUCACUAUGAAAAACAAUACCAAAAGCGUCUGGAAAUUGAUACCUAUAUCCAUAUAUAUAUAUAUAUAUAUAUAUAUUUGCCCUGUCUUCGAUCCUGGGGAACAAAAGAAAAAAGUCAGAAAGGGAAAAAAUUACACUCAUUGUCCUAAGAAGACAGAGGUGGGCAGAACAUGUGGGGAAAGGAAAAAGAAAACAAGACCACCAAAUGAAAUAAUGAAGGUGCAGCGCCUUGCUGUGCCAGACACAGUAGGCGCUCAAUGAAUGUUAGUUCCCACCAUUCCCCUUUUCUUGUGUUCCUUCUUGUUGGUUUCCGGAAGUCCUAUUUGAAGACAGUGUUUAUUUCCCCCUCUCUAUCCCGUCAAAUUCACCUUAAAUAACACCCAGCUAGAUACAGGCACUAGGUUUGUGUAAGAUAUGUUGAUACACACGAACAAAGUUUAUUUUGGCUAUAAUGUGUGGACUGACUUUCAACAUUUGCAUUUUAUCUCACAAAGGUGUAUCUAUUCAAGUAACUUUUUUUGUUUUUUGUUUUUUUGUUUUUUUUGGUUGUUUGUUUCAAUUCAUGUAGCUGUUUAAACUGGGAUACUUUGGACUAAGCCAAUCUGUAUCCCAAUUCGCUGGCAAGCCUAAGUUUGUGGGGUUUUGUUUUUGUUUUUAUUUUACCUUCUAAUUUACAAGAAAGAGGAAAAGCUCUUCUAACUGAACUUUGGUAUGCGGUUGAGCUUUGUAACUAUUUGUUCUCCAUGAAAACAAAAUUAUUUAUAUUUGACAUAUUUUUUCUAGUGUAUUAAGUUAUUUUAAACAAAAGAUGUUAUCUCAUGACAUGUUGUCAGUACAAAAUGUGUCGCCUCCACUUCUGUUAAACCUUUUAAAUAAGUGCCAAGUUAUAAUUGAAGACACUUUGCGAUCAAUUGAAUGAAAAUAUCGUUUCAUUUGAUGGGGUUCGUGUCAUCUUUGUUCCUGUUACUAUUAAAAUAUCCGGGAUAGUC